UGUAGAUAUUGAUAAUAAUAUUAAGUAUUUUAACUAUUAAAUACUCUCAUUUUUAGGAAGCAAGCGAAGGAAAACAUAAAUGCUUUGAUAUUUUAUAAACCAAGGCUCUAAAACAUCUAAUAAGUUUAAAACGCGUGAUAAACAGGGUUACCAACAAAGGAUCUCAGACUUUAAUGACAUUCACAAAUGUAUCAAAUAUAUCUAUUAUAACCGGUUAAUUUGGGUUUUAUCCUCUGAAAAUCAUCAUUUAAUGACUGCUAAAUGAAACAUGUUUCCAGCUCCUGCGAACCAAAACUGUAUACAUAAAUUCUGUACAGUCCUCUCUGAAGUAUCAUCCUUUCUGGUAACCCUGUACAUUAUUCCAUGCCUAAAUAAAACAGAAGAAAACUUGAUUGGGAUCAAUUCAUUUUUGUUUUAAAAAAAGAUGGUUCUAGCAGAAAAAAUGUCGUAUUCCUGCAUGGCAAAAAGAUUAUAGGAUUUGAAUCCUUCUAUUUUCAAAACGGAGGGAAAACAGCUGCACGGUUUGCUUAUAGGCUUAGGAAGGAGCUCAGAGGCCAAGGUCUAAGCAGGGUAAUGUUUGAUCUUCAAAGAAAGUAUUUAUUAGAUCAGCAAGUUGAAUUCACUCUUUCAGCAAUCCCUGAUAUUGAACUUCCAGAUGAAGCAUUUAGUGGACCCUUGGCAAAGUUCGGAGAAGUAAUGAUAAAGAAAACAGUUGUUGGUGUUCAAAUAAACCUUAACACCUUUAAGUUUCCAGAACUCCCUGGUUUGGAGAAAAAUCCCUGUGAGGAGCUCACCAAGCCUGAGCUCAAAACUAUCCUGGAGAAUGGAGCUUUUACAAAACUUCAACAGAACAACCUUAUGCUGACAAACUGGAUUCCAGUGCUGGUUGAAACAGAAUCUGAUCUGAAGUUUGUAUUGAGAAAGGAUUUAAUGGCAGUUGUUGAAGGAGAUAAAGAUAAUCCAAACUCUUUAAGUAUUUUAACCAUGCCGUUCCCUUCUCACUGUGGGUUAAGAAACAGUAUUGAUAUCUACAGUCAGACCGACAAGGAAUAA